CGCGCCGCCGCCUCCUCUGCUGCCCCGGCCACUGCCACCUUCCCUUUCUGCGCGGGGCCUCCCCACGGGAGAAGGCCCGGCGGCGGUCGCGCGCACGCAAUCGGGCGGCGGCCCGAGGCGACGCGGCGCUUCUCGUCCCCCGCUGCCUCCGCCCUAAUCUGCUGAGCAGCUAUGGCGAAGCCGGAGGAGAAGUUGCGCUGCACGAAGGAGCCCUUCAUCGAGGACGUCGGCGCCCGCAGGAUAAAGAGCAUCCGGUUCAGUGUGCUCUCGGGCAGCGAGAUUCGCAAGUCCGCUGAGGUGCAGGUCUGGAGCAGCCGGAUCUAUGGUAAUGACAUGAAGCCGGUCCCCAAUGGUUUGCUCGACAUGCGAAUGGGACUCCCUAGCAAACGAGACAAGGAUUCUGUAUGCAGCACCUGCUAUGGUCCAUUUUCUGAAUGUCCUGGUCAUUUCGGUUACCUGAAGCUCGCGCUUCCAGUUUUUAAUGUUGGCUUUUUUAACUGUAUCCUGGACGUGUUGAAGUGUAUCUGCAAGGGCUGUAGCAGGGUUCUUCUUUCGGAAAAAGACCGCAGAGAGUUUCUGAAGAAGAUGAGAAAUCCCAGAGCUGAUGCGCUACAGAAAAGUGCUACCAUGAAAAAAGUUAGGGACAAAUGCAAAACAACCUGCUGCCCCCGGUGUGAAUACAGAAAUGGUGUAGUUAAAAAAGGCAGAGCAGGCCUGAUAGUGAUUCAUGAUUGCAGCAAAAUUUUGGAUGGACAUGCAGAAGAACUGAAGAAUGCAUUACAACACAAGAAAGAAAAAGUCUCCACCAGUUCAGUUCGCAUGUUAGACCCUGCAACUGUUCUCUCUCUAUUCAGAAGAAUGACUGACGAGGAUUGUGAAUUGCUAAACCUUGGUGAUAGGCCAGAAAAACUUAUUGUGACGGAGAUUGCAGUGCCACCUGUACCUAUACGGCCUUCUGUUGUUGUUGGCAAUACUAGAACAAGCAAUGAAGAUAGCAUUACUGCUAUAUUGAAGAGCAUUGUUAAUACAAAUUCCAUACUUAAGGAGACCCUUCAAACUGGGGGUCUGUUCAAUAAGUGCUUUGAUUGCUGGCAACAACUUCAACUUCAAGUUGUUGAAUACGUAAAUAGCGAUGCCCCCUGUCUUCCUGAGUCGCAACAUCGUGGUCUUGUUCAACGACUCAAAGGGAAGACAGGUCGAUUUCGUGGUAACUUAUCUGGAAAACGUACUGAGUACACUGGAAGGACUGUCAUAUCUCCUGAUCCAAAUUUGAGAAUAACAGAGGUGGCUAUUCCUGUGUUGAUGGCUCGAGUCUUGACUUAUCCUGAAAGGGUUUCAAACUAUAACCUUGAGAAGCUGCGUCAGUGUAUACGAAACGGACCAUAUAAACAUCCAGGGGCUAAUUUUAUUAUAACCCCUGAUGGCACAAGGCUGAGCUUAAAGUAUGGUGAUAGAAGGAUUGCUGCGCGGGAUUUAAAGUGUGGCUAUAUAGUUGAAAGGCAUUUAGAAGAUGGUGAUGUUGUCCUAUUCAACAGACAGCCGAGUUUGCAUAGAAUGUCGAUUAUGUCUCACAGGGCAAGGAUAAUGCCAUGGAGAACACUGAGAUUUAAUGAGUCUGUUUGCAACCCGUAUAAUGCUGAUUUUGAUGGCGAUGAAAUGAAUUUGCAUGUCCCUCAGACAGAGGAAGCUCGCACUGAAGCACUUAUGCUCAUGGGGGUUCAGAAUAAUUUAUGUACUCCUAAGAAUGGGGAGAUACUGGUUGCUUCCACACAAGAUUUCUUGACCUCAUCUUUUCUGGUUACAAGAAAAGAUACUUUCUAUGAUAGAUCUUCUUUUACACUUAUGUGCUCAUACCUUGGUGAUGCAAUGGAGAACAUUGAUUUGCCAACACCAGCCUUGAUUAAACCUAUCGAGCUUUGGACUGGUAAACAGUUAUUCAGUGUGUUAGUUCGACCUAAUGCACGUACAAAGGUGUUUCUGAAUCUUGCCGUUAAAGAAAAAAUUUACUCGAAAAAGAAGGAGAAAAAAGAGGGGGAAGAGGAGGAAAAGGAAACAAUGUGUGGAAGGGAAACAAUGUGUCCCAAUGAUGGUUAUGUCUACUUCCGAAAUAGUGAACUGUUGUCUGGACAAGUUGGGAAGGCCACGUUAGGUAAUGGGAAUAAGGAUGGCAUUUACUCUGUUCUUCUAAGAGAUUACAAUUCGCACGCUGCAGCAAGCUGUAUGAAUCGUUUGGCAAAAUUUAGUGCAAGAUUUAUUGGGAACCAUGGUUUUUCCAUUGGUGUGGAUGAUGUCCAACCAGGAGAACAUCUAAAUCGGCAAAAGAAAAAGAAAAUAGAUGAGGGGUAUAAACAAUGCCAUGAUCUUAUUUCUUUGUUUGCCAAAGGUGCACUCGCAUUGCAUCCUGGUUGCAACGCAGCUGAAACAUUGGAGCAUAGGAUAACCGGCGUGUUGAAUGAAAUCAGAACGGCUGCUGGAAACGUGUGCAUGGAUACACUUCACUGGAGGAACAGCCCAUUGAUUAUGUCUCAGUGUGGAUCUAAAGGUUCUCCAAUCAAUAUCAGUCAGAUGGUUGCAUGUGUUGGCCAGCAAUCAGUUGGAGGGCGUCGUGCCCCAGAUGGUUUUAUAGAUAGAACUCUUCCUCACUUUCCUAUAAAUUCGAAGACCCCUGCGGCUAAAGGUUUUGUUGCUAAUUCGUUCUAUACUGGUUUGACUGCUACUGAGUUUUUCUUCCACACAAUGGGUGGCCGAGAAGGUCUUGUUGACACAGCAGUCAAAACAGCAGAAACUGGAUAUAUGUCCCGCAGAUUGAUGAAGGGUUUAGAAGAUCUCUCUGUUUUCUAUGAUCAGACAGUCCGUAAUGCUAGUGGUGGUAUAAUUCAGUUUUUGUAUGGAGAUGAUGGCAUGGAUCCUGCAAAGAUGGAAGGAAAAGAUGGCACACCCUUAAAUUUGGACCAAUUGUUUAUGAAAGUCACGGCAACAUGUCCUCAAAGGGGACCAGAUACAUUAUCUCCAGCCGAUAUCCGACAGAUGUUAGAGGAUAAGCUCACACAACAUGGCACCUCAUCUGAUGGUGGUUGUAGCCAAGAGUUCGAGAAAGGCUUGAGAGAAUUUUUUGAGAAACGUAUAAACUUACUGGAAUGCACAAGAAGGGCACUUCAUUUAGAUGUGGGCCAUGUAGGAAAGAAAGAUUCUUGCAUUGAAGAAUUCGUUGCUGCUAAUAUAUCUGGUAUAUCUGCAAAACAACUACAGGUUUUCUUGGAUACUUGUUUUUCUCGUUAUCACUCAAAGACAAUUGAAGCAGGAGCAUCUAUUGGAGCAAUUGGAGCUCAGAGUAUUGGAGAGCCAGGGACUCAGAUGACACUGAAAACAUUUCAUUUUGCAGGAGUAGCUAGCAUGAAUGUUACGCUUGGUGUUCCUCGCAUCAAGGAAAUUAUCAAUGCUGCUAAAAAGAUAAGCACUCCUAUUAUCACAACUGAGCUUCUGUCUAGGAAAGAUGUGCUGUCUGCACGCAUUGUGAAAGGAGCUAUGGAGAAAGCAGUGCUGGGCGAGGUAGCAUCAGACAUAAAGAUUAUCUUGAAACCAAGUCAGGCAAACCUGGUGGUCAAACUUGAUAUGCAACUUAUAGAAGCUCUGCACAUGGGAAUAUCUGCUGACACUGUGCAGCUGUCAAUUUUGAAACAUCCAAAGAUCAAGUUAAAACCUGAGCAUGUCCGUGUCAUCGAUAGAGCCAAAUUGAAAAUAUAUCCAGCUGGAACGGAUAAGUCCAAACUUCAGCUUGAACUGCAUAACCUCAAAUCCAUGCUUCCAAAAGUGAUUGUGAAGGGCAUUCCAACUGUUGAAAGAGUUGUUAUCGACGAAAUAAAAAAAAAGGACAACACUGUAGAAAAAUACAACUUGUUGGUUGAAGGAACAAACCUCCUGGCAGUCAUGGGUACCCCAGGAGUUGAUGCGAGGAAUACAAAAAGUAAUCAUAUCAUGGAAAUGAACAGCACACUUGGAAUUGAAGCUGCUAGGAGAUCUAUUAUUGAUGAAAUUCAGUACACAAUGAAAAGUCAUGGCAUGAAUAUUGAUGUGAGACAUAUGAUGCUUCUGGCAGAUUUGAUGACAUACAAGGGUGAAGUUCUUGGCAUUACUAGAUAUGGCAUUGCAAAGAUGAAGAGCAGUGUGCUGAUGCUUGCUUCGUUUGAGAAAACCUCGGAACAUCUAUUCAAUGCCUCAUACAGUGGUCGUGAGGACGAGAUAGAGGGAGUCAGCGAAUGCAUUAUCAUGGGCAUUCCCAUGCAACUCGGUACCGGUAUUCUCAAAGUCAGGCAAAGGCUCGACCGUCUCCCUGAAUUCAAGUACCAGCCGGACCCGAUACUGUCGUGACCCAUACACGUGGAUCUGAGGCUGGAACUCUGUACAUACAUAGCUGGACCAUACACCAUACAUGCGUAGCGUAGGGCAACUGCGGCGACUGUAAUUUUGAGGACAACAUCUUUGUACUGUCACUCCAUCUCCAUGAGGCAGCAUUCGGGCGAUUUCGGCUGCCUCGGCAGACGCGGAGAGUAUAAAAACCGUGCCGAACACGACACUGCAAUUGGUACAAGUCAGAGCUAUGGCAGGCAACACCUGCUACAUCUCUUAGGCAAUACCAAUACGUGCUUGGACUAGACUUUUCUGCAGGCUAAUGAAGCCUGGGAGGUGUUUAUUUCCUGUUGCUGGGCUGCCAAGUAUACGUUAGGGGGACCAAAUUUUUUUUUAUGGCACUUCAUUAACGGUGGUCGACG